UUUAGCAGAGUAAGGAGACUGUCGACAUCUUUGACAUCUAUCGUAUUCCCCUAGAUUUUAAAGCAAAUAUUCACUCAAGGCGUUACUUUGAGAUACUAGACGGGUCAAGGGUCCCGUGGAGUACAUCUGGAUGCUGUCGUGUUUUGAGUGAAACUAUUGUUUGUCUUCUUUAAAGAUGGGCAGUCAGUACCAGCGCUCAGUGCCAUUCGAGGUGAGGAGAGCAGAAGGAGAGAGAGUUCGGGCCAAGCAUCCUGACAAGAUACCGAUCAUUGUGGAGAGGGCCACGAGGUCACGCGCUCCUGAACUGGACAAGAAGAAAUACCUCGUGCCCUCAGAUCUAACAGUGGGCCAGUUGUGCUUCAUGAUCCGUCAGCGUGUGUCUUUAAGACCGGAGGAGGCGGUCUUCUUCUUCGUCAACAACUCCCUUCCCCCAUCCAGCUCCCCUCUCUCUGCUGUAUAUGAGGAGCACCACGACGAAGACCUGUUUCUCUACAUGACCUACAGCAAUGAGAGCGUAUACGGUGCCUGAGGCAGGAAGAAAGACUGGAGAAGGAGAGAGAGAGAAUGAGAGGAGACAAAGUGAGACGGUCUGAGGAUUAAAAAGUUAAAGCUCUUUGUAAACACCAUUAUUAUUCUCUAUAUUAGUUUUGAUAAGCAACUACAGUACACGGUGGAAGGAAGGCUGGUAAAGUUAACCUUUGUCAGUAUUUCAGGAUGAGCGUAAUGCACUUAAGUUCACUUCAAGUUAUGUUGACUGCUUACUUGGUGAAAGAGGAAGGAUGAAAAGAAAGAUUGAAUGCAUUUUUUUUAAGUUAUUGAAAUUAUGUUGAGAGCUCUCUUGAUCUUUCUCAGUCAUCUGUAUUUAUUGCAAAUAGUUUACUUUUUUUUGUAAAUUAAUAUCAAACUUUUGUGGGAAAUAAAUUUGAAAAUGCAAACAA